AUGAGCCAGGCCUCUAACGAAAAGAACAAGAAACUAGGCCGAGAGAGGUUUUAUGGAGCUGAAACCCAGCCCAUAACCAGAACAAAGAAUCAACAACCAGUUGCUUCGGAGCUAGCCAUGGGAGAUAAUCAUGCUCCUCCUGUAUUUCCUUACGCCCGGCCCUACACCAAUGGCGAUGGCCGCUCUGUUUUUGUAAAUCAUAAGCCUAAUUAUGAUUUAAACAGCAGGAUUAUGCUCACUGCAAUUCUAUCAUUGUCCUUUGUUGUUGUACUAGUUGUGGUUCUUCACAUUUAUGCAAGAUGUGCCCUAAGGCGUCAUCAAGCUCGUCGCCGCGCUGUUAUGAAUAGCCUCGGGAUAACUAGCGGCAAUGUCCAUUCCGGCGAGCCGCCCAAGAGGGGGCUUGAUCCAACAGUCAUAGCCUCACUGCCCAUAUAUGUUUACCAGCAAACGGAAGGCCAAGAUGAAGAUGAUGCAAUAGAGUGUGCUGUUUGUUUAAGCAUGCUUGAGGAUCAAGAAAUGGUUAGGAGUUUACCUAAUUGCAAGCACACAUUUCAUGCCGAGUGCAUAGACAAAUGGUUAAGCUCCCAUUCUACGUGUCCUAUUUGUCGGACGGAGGCUGAGCCAAUGAUUCAGCCGGAGGCCCGUGAGGGUCCAGCCGGAGGCACUGCACCCACAGCUUUAAUUCUGGAGCAUGUGAAUUCUACGUCGGUAUGUAAUGAGGGUACAUCAACAUCAGAUGGUGGAAACCAACUGACUCCUAAAGCCGUUGGUUCAAGUUCCCGGCUGAGCUCGUUUCGAAGGAUGCUUAGUCGAGAAAGAUCAUCCAGGAGAAUUCAACAUGAGGUUCAAGAUCAAGAAGGUUUUCAAGAUCUAGAGAGACAAUGA